GGUUAAGUGGAGCUAGAGAGCUACAUUGUAACCUAGUUGGAUUUUUUGGGGGGGAAAUGUAUCAGAAUCUAACGUGUCCUUAAUAGAGAGAAGAACAGGCAAGAAGUGGUCCAGCCGGCGAAGUUGCAGAUCUGAUCUCUUCAGAACACCUCACCGUGUCUCCGUCCCUGGGACUCUGAACCUAGCAGCUGGACUCGUUUGUUCUUGGAAUUUUGAGUGUCCCCUCUUCUCACCUUUUCCUCUUCCCUCUUCCCUUUCCACCACCUGAGAACUCCUGAAGACUGUAGGAUUGUCAUGGAGUCCCGGGAAAUCUUAAGCAGCACCCGGCAGAGGGGGGGCGAGUCGGAAUUCCUGCCGGUCUCCUCUGCCAAGCCCCCGGCUGCUCCUGGCUGCACAGGAGAACCCUUGCUUUCUGCUCCAGGACCUGGGAAGGGCAUCCCGGGGAGCGGAGAUCGCAUGGAACCAGAGGAAGAGGAUGAACUGGGCUCAGGGCGGGAUGUGGAUUCCAACUCCAAUGCAGACAGUGAGAAAUGGGUGGCAGGAGAUGGCUUGGAAGAGCAGGAGUUUUCCAUCAAGGAGGCAAACUUCACUGAGGGGAGUCUGAAGCUGAAGAUUCAGACCACCAAGCGGGCUAAGAAACCCCCAAAGAAUCUGGAGAACUAUAUAUGCCCACCUGAGAUCAAGAUCACCAUCAAGCAGUCUGGGGACCAGAAGGUGUCCCGUGCUGGGAAAAAUAGCAAAGCUACUAAGGAGGAAGAAAGAAGCCACUCCAAAAAGAAGCUCCUCACAGCCAGUGACCUUGCAGCCAGCGACCUCAAAGGAUUUCAGCCACAGGCUUACGAGAGGCCCCAGAAGCACUCAAGUCUCCAUUAUGACCCAGGCCUCCCGCAGGACUUCACCGGUGACACCUUAAAACCAAAGCACCAGCAAAAAAGCAGCAGCCAGAACCACAUGGACUGGUCCACCAACUCUGACAGCGGACCCGCCACUCAGAAUUGCUUCAUCAGUCCAGACUCUGGCAGAGAAACUGCAAGCACCAGCAAGAUCUCAGCUCUUGAACCCGUGGCUUCCUUUGCAAAGGCCCAGGGUAAGAAAGGCAGUGCAGGGAGCACGUGGAGUCAGUUGUCCAACAACAGCAAAGAUCUGCUCUUGGGAGGUGUGGUUCCAUCUCCAAGCAACCACAGCUCGCCGACCCCUCCUAGCAGCUCUGCCGAGUGCACUGGGCUCCAGUCCUUGGGGGAUCAAGAUGGAGGAGGUACAAAGGAGCCCCCAGAACCACCUACAAUAGGCAGCAAGAAAAAGUCCAGUAAAAAAGAUGUGAUAAGUCAAACCAUACCAAACCCAGACCUGGAUUGGGUCAAGAGUGCCCAGAAGGUAUUUGAGAACACAGAAGGGAAAAGGGAGGGCUACUCUGCAGAGAAUGGCCAAGAGGCAUCACCAGCCAGGCAGAAUGUGGGCUCCAUCAGUAAUCCUGAAAAUGACUCCAGUCAUGUCCGGAUUACUAUCCCUAUCAAGGCACCCUCUCUAGAUCCAACCAGCCAUAAGAGGAAAAAGAGACAGUCCAUUAAAGCAGUGGUAGAAAAGAUCAUCCCAGAGAAAACACUGGCUUCUGGAAUUGCUAUGAGUAGUGAAGUGGUUAACAGGAUACUUUCCAACUCAGAGGGAAAUAAGAAAGACCCCCGUGUCCCAAAGUUGAGUAAACUGAUAGAGAAUGAGUCCCCCUCAGUUGGCCUCGAGACUGGUGGAAAUACUGAGAAAAUUGUCCCAGGAGGUAUGUCUAAGCAGCGGAAACCACCCAUGAUCAUGGCGCCCCCAAUGUGCACCGAUCACUCUCCAUCAAGAAAGUUGCCAGAUAUCCAGCAUCCAAAAUUUGCUGCAAAACGGAGGUGGACCUGCAGCAAGCCAAAACCCACCAGCAUGCUGCGAGAGGCAGUCAUGGCCACCUCUGAUAAACUGAUGGUAGAACCCCCCUCUGCUUAUCCCAUCACCCCGUCCAGCCCUCUCUACACCAACACGGACAGUCUGACUGUGAUUACUCCAGUCAAAAAGAAGCGGGGUCGACCAAAGAAGCAGCCUUUGCUCACGGUGGAGACGAUUCACGAGGGCACUUCCACCAGCCCAGUCAGUCCCAUCAGCAGAGAGUUUCCUGGCACCAAGAAAAGAAAGAGACGACGCAAUUUAGCUAAGUUGGCCCAGCUAGUCCCGGGAGAGGACAAACCCAUGAGUGAGAUGAAGUUUCACAAAAAGGUUGGAAAGCUCGGUGUGUUGGAUAAGAAGACCAUCAAAACUAUCAACAAGAUGAAGACGCUCAAGAGGAAGAACAUCUUGAACCAGAUCUUGUCCUGUUCCAGCAGCAUGGCUCUGAAGGCCAAAGCUCCCCCAGAGACCAGCCCUGGGGCAGCAGCCAUCGAAAGCAAACUGGGCAAGCAGAUUAAUGUCAGCAAGAGGGGAACCAUCUACAUCGGCAAGAAGAGGGGCAGAAAGCCAAGGACGGAGCUGCCGCCCCCAUCCGAAGAACCCAAAACAGCCAUCAAACACCCCAGGCCUGUUUCUAGCCAGCCGGACGUUCCAGCCGUGCCUUCCAACUUUCAGUCCCUCGUGGCAUCUUCACCAGCAGCUAUGCACCCACUUUCAACCCAGUUAGGUGGGUCCAAUGGCAACCUGAGCCCCGCCAGCACUGAAACCAGUUUUUCAGAGUUGAAAACUAUGCCAAAUCUCCAACCCAUCAGUGCUCUUCCAACCAAAACCCAAAAGGGAAUCCACAGUGGAACCUGGAAGCUGUCCCCACCCAGGCUGAUGGCCAACUCCCCUUCACACCUCUGUGAGAUCGGCUCACUGAAGGAAAUAACGCUGUCCCCCGUGAGUGAGUCCCACAGCGAGGAGACGAUCCCAAGCGACAGUGGCAUCGGGACGGACAACAACAGCACAUCUGACCAAGCGGAGAAGAGUUCAGAAUCCCGACGGAGGUACUCUUUUGAUUUCUGCUCCCUGGAUAACCCGGAGGCCAUCCCGUCCGACACCAGCACAAAGAACCGGCAUGGCCACCGGCAGAAGCAUCUCAUCGUGGACACCUUCCUGGCCCACGAAAGCCUCAAGAAGCCAAAGCACAAGAGGAAACGGAAAAGCCUGCAAAACCGAGACGAUCUCCAGUUUCUGGCCGAGCUGGAAGAGCUCAUCACCAAAUUCCAAGUGUUCAGGAUCUCCCACCGGAGUUACACCUUUUACCACGAGAAUCCAUACCCCAGCAUUUUUCGGAUUAAUUUUGAUCACUAUUACCCGGUGCCAUAUAUCCAAUAUGACCCGUUGCUCUAUCUUCGUAGGACUUCAGACUUGAAGUCAAAGAAGAAGCGUGGUAGGCCUGCAAAAACCAAUGACACCAUGACAAAGGUGCCUUUUUUACAAGGGUUCAGCUACCCUAUUCCCAGUGGAAGUUACUAUGCACCCUAUGGAUUGCCUUACACAUCAAUGCCUAUGAUGAACCUUGGUUACUACGGUCAGUACCCAGCUCCGCUGUACCUAUCGCACACGCUGGGAGCAGCCUCCCCGUUCAUAAGGCCAACAGUGCCACCACCUCAGUUCCACACAAGCUCCCACGUAAAGAUGUCUGGGGCAGCUAAGCAUAAAGCAAAGCAUGGAGUACACCUGCAGGGACCCGUUGGCAUGGGCCUCGGUGACAUCCAGCCAUCCCUGAACCCUCCCAAGGUGGGCAGCGCCACUCUGUCCAGCGGUCGGCUCCACAAGAGGAAACACAAACACAAGCAUAAGCACAAGGAAGACCGGCUCCUGGGGACCCACGACAACCUGAGCGGUCUCUUCACAGGCAAAGCCACAGGCUUCUCCAGCCACCUCCUGAGUGAGCGGCUGAGCAGCGCAGACAAAGAGCUCCCGCUGGUGAGUGAGAAGAGCAAGCAUAAGGAGAAACAGAAGCAUCAGCACAGCGAAGCCGGCCACAAAGCCUCCAAGAACAGCUUUGAGGUGGACACCCUAUCUAACCUGUCGCUUUCUGAUGCCCAGCAUUGGACGCAGGCCAAGGACAAAAGCGACUUGAGCAUCGAGUCUGUGGACUCGUGCGCUAAAAGGUACUCUGGCAGCAGCGGGGAUGGCAGCAGCACAAGAUCAGAGAGCCUGGACGUGUUCAGUGACAUGACCCCUUCGAAUGACAAGUGGGACAGUGACAUGAGUGGGAGUAAAAGGAGGAGCUUUGAAGGCUUUGGGACGUACAGGGAAAAGGACAUCCAGGCCUUCAAGAUGAACCGCAAGGAGAGAAGUUCCUACGAUUCCUCCAUGUCUCCAGGGAUGCCAAGUCCCCACUUAAAAGUGGACCAGACGACAGUGCAUAGUAAGAACGAGGGCUCAGCGUCCACCGGGAUGACCAGGAAGAAGCCAGCUGUAGUUGACAGUGUUGCAAUUCCAUCCACCCCGAUGUUGUCUCUCCUCGCCGCAUCCGCAGCAACAUCAGAUGCAGCGAGCUCCUCCCUGAAGAAGCGAUUCAAGCGACGGGAGAUCGAAGCCAUCCAGUGCGAGGUGCGGAAGAUGUGCAACUACACCAAGAUUCUGUCCACCAAGAAGAAUCUGGACCACGUGAACAAGAUCCUGAAGGCCAAGCGGCUGCAGAGACAAUCAAAGACAGGCAACAACUUCGUCAAGAAGAGGCGAGGGCGUCCCCGGAAGCAGCCCAAUCAGUUUGAUGAGGACUCCAGGGACCAGAUGCCGGUGCUGGAAAAAUGCGUCGACCUGCCCAGCAAAAGGGGUCAGAAGCCCAGCCUGAGCCCGCUCGUGCUGGAGCCGGCCGCCAGCCAAGACACCAUCAUGGCCACCAUCGAGGCGGUCAUCCACAUGGCCCGCGAGGCACCGCCCCUGCCACCGCCGCCGCCACCGCCACUGCCACCGCCGCCGCCGCCCCCGCCCCCGCCGCCGCCGCUGCCCAAGACCCCCAGAGGCGGGAAGAGGAAACACAAGCCGCAGCCACCCGUGCCGCAGCCGCCACCGCAGCAGACCCUUCCCCAGGAAGAGGAGGUCAAGGCCAAGAGGCAGAGGAAAUCCCGAGGGAGCGAGAGCGAUGUCCUUCCCUAGGGCUGUGGGCCCCUGAACCUGCAGCUGGGGAACUGACGAAUUGGAAGUGCAGUGGGCGGGGCGGGGGGCGGGAUCCCCCACUGCAGGGACAGCAAUGCCCUUCUCUCCAGAAGCGGGCGGGCAGAAUCAGGCCAGAUGACGGGGUUGAGCCAUCCAGAGCUCCUGGGAUAGCAAGGCAGGGGGACACCUUCAGAAGAAGCUCGUCUGUGCUGUAAGGCAGUUCCCAGUCCAGCGGCCCUUCAGUGGGGCUGAGUCCUUUUCAGGCGAGAAGACCCAUCCGGGAGGAGGAAGCUGGUGCUCUCUGAAGGCCACCUGACCUCCACCUCCAAGGUGCGCCCUUGAUUCCGAUUUCAUUUGCUGGCCAGGAAAAUCAAAGGGAAACACCCUCAAUUAGGAAACAUUCCAAGGGGAGAAAAGCUGCACAUUUGUCAACUGGCUUUGUUGUAACCCACUUCACUUAAUUGGUUUUAUUUCUUUGGGUUUGCAAGCUCUGCUAGGCUUUGGGACACCAGUAUCAUCUGCAGGUGACCUGAAUCUUUCCGUUAACAACAGUACAGUUUCUCAGAUGGAAGCGAGAGAUCGGAAGGUGGAAUCUAGUGAUAGGCGACCUUAGACCUGCAUUCACGUUCUUCUGUAUGCCUCCUCUAUCUCUCACACACUGGUUUUUAGCAUCGUCUGUUCCUGCUUUUCCUUUGUCCAUUGUACUUCCAUGUACCUAAACUAGCUGCCUUCUUUUCUUGGUACACAUCUAUCUAACCUAAUUGUUACCUGUGUUGUAAAGCUUGCCCUUGGCACCUUGUCCCAAGGAACUUGGCUUUGAAUCCCAAUCGUUGUGAAGAAGAUACUCAGUAUUGAUAGAGCCUUUUUAAUAAGUGACUCAGAUCAGCCAAGGAUAUGUUGACCAAGAUGUCAACCAGGUUAUUUUUAUACUUAAAACAUAUCAGUGGGAAUAGGCAGAAAAAAAAUGGUUUUAAUACCCCAAUACAAAUGGAAUAGCUGAUGAGUCACCAAAAAUUAAACCCCUGACCCACUAGAAAGACAAGUGUCCAGCAAUGCCUUGGUACCUGAUUUUUUUUUUUCAUACAGAGCUGUCAUAGGUUGUU